UUUCGGUACUUAUACGGCCUUGGUUUCGCGUCCGAAUACACACUUCUCAUCCUUCAUCAGGGAGACAUUCACUCUCGGUUCAUUCCUAUCGAUGCAUUCGGCAUCACGUGCACAAACGAAGAUUUUCAGAGAACAAUGACGUGUCACGGCGGCUUUGCUCGCGCCGUCGACUACGUGAAGAAAAUGAAGAAGGAACCAUUCACGAAGAACGUGCUUGUAGUUAAUACGGGUGGUUUCUUCUACGGCGAGAUCCUGCACGCUAUUUUUAAAUGGAGGGCAUCUGCAUAUCUUGCAAAGCUGAUGCCCUACGACGCAUUGAUUUUGGGAGAUAAAGAAUUUCAUGGAGGACUAGAUCAAAUGAUGGAUUUCAUGAGAUCACUACCUUCUAAUUUGUUUGUGUGCACUAACAUGGACUUCAGCAAAUUCAACAAGACCAUGAAGGAGGAGCUGGGAGAACGUUGUCCACCACAUCGGAUCCUCACCAUCGGAGAAAAGAAGAUCGGCCUUCUCGGCUACCUGACGCCGAACGUCAUGGAGCCCUUGAAGGUGCCCGAGGUUCACAUCGAGGACGAAAUCGAGGCACUGACGCGCGAGGUGGCGGUGCUAAGGAAGAAGGGUAUCAAGCUGAUUGUGGCUCUCGGUCAUUCGGGAUACGAGCGUGACCAGGAGAUUGCUCACCGUGUGCCCAGCCUGGACGUGAUUGUUGGCGGCCACUCGCACACCCUUCUCUGGCCUGACCCCAUCAGUCACCAGGCGCCUGGGGUGCCGCCGGACCCGGCGGACGCCGGCAACGUUCGCGGCCCGUACCCGACCGUGGUGGUGCAGCCCAGCGGGCGACGCGUCCUCCUACUGCAUGCCUUCUUCGGCGGUAAGUACGUCGGCAACAUCAAUAUCACCUUCAACGCUGAUGAUGAGGUGAAGGACUGGUGGCCGCAGCCGCAGCUGCUCGAUGAGAGCAUGCCACAGGACCCAGACACCAAGGAAGUGAUGGACGACCUGCAGGAGCAGUUGACGAACAGGUCACACGAUGUGAUCGGCAAGUCGCUGGUGCAGCUGGUUGGCAUGGCCGAGAUGUGUCACCAGGAGGAGUGCAACCUGGGCAACCUGAUGGGGGACGCCAUGCUGUGGGCGCUGCGGAUGUACGUGCCGGACGUUCCCAUCCAGCUACCCAUGGUGGCGCUCGUCAACUCUGGCCUCAUGCGCAACAACAUCCAGGUGGGCGACGUGACACCGCGUAUGCUCACCGAGGCCCUCUCCUGGCGUAACCUGGUCGAAGUCAUCGUCAUUAACGGCAGCAUGCUACACGCCGCCUUGGAGCACGGCUCUUCCACUGUCGAGCAGCGCCACGGCCGCUUCAUGCAGGUGUCUGGCAUCUCGUACCAGAUCGACAUGUCUAAACCGCCGUACCACCGUGUCAGCCACGUCCACGUGCUCAGCGCCAACGACAUGAUACCCGAGUCGCGGCUGCUCAACCACUCGCAACACUACCAUGUCGCGCUCACCAACUUCAUCGCCGACGGCGGCGACGGCUUCCACAUGUUCACACCGCCUAUCAGUCGCCAGAGUUUCGGCAUACUGGACAUCAGCCUUUUGCAGAACUACAUUAUCGCAAGGUCGCCCGUGUUCGCCGUCGUGGAGGAUCGGAUCCGGAUGAUUCUGCCGUCAGGUGAUGGAGAGGAGGAGCACCAUCACUCCGGUGCCGGCCGUCCUGCUGUCCAUCUCCAACACCGACCGCUACUGGCUGCUGCCACCGCCCUGCUGGUCGGCGCAGUGGCUGCUGCUGUCGUCACAUCUUGAACUGGCCCAUGACAGACAUUCUGAGCUCCCGAUGCUCGUCUGGUCCGCUCGAUCGCUGCAGCUGUUCUCUUCACGGUCGCACUCGGAUGAGACCGACGCCUCUCAUUCAGAGGCCAUACUGAAAACUUCUACUGCAAGGGUAAGGUGUGAAGAGCAGCUCGUAUCCUAUUUAAUUAAAUGGCGUGCUGGUAUUUUUCGCAACUCAUGUAUAAGCUUGCGACGUCAACAUGUAUUCACAUUGCACCUGCUUAUGAUGUGCGUAUACGGUGUGCAAUUUUGCUCGUUUGUGCGUCCUAAUAAUGUGUUGUGUUGUGUUUCGUCCGUUCCGUUAAAAUGGUUGCCGGUAGUUGACCCAAUCCUGACCCUCUAUGCAAUUGAAAGCUGAGCACACAAUGAAAUGAAUUUAUUUUUCA